AUGGCCAGAGAUCCACAAUCCCUCCAUCUCCCGUUGCGGACCUCCAAUGCCAAUGUCGACAACUUCGACGACAACCAGGAGGACUUCCGUUCGGAAAAAGCCAACAACAGAACCUCCAAGGCCCAGAAGAUUUUGGGUACCGCUGAGGCCCCUAUCCAGCAGAACAGUUCGCCCCGAGAUGAUGCCAGCAGUCAGAAGAGGCGCACACGGCGGCCCAGCUUCAUGAAGGGCCCCAGCUUCGUGCCUUUCCCCACGAUCAACGCUGACGAUGACAUGGCCCAGCAGAAUCAGCCACAGUUGCGUGUCCGCGCAUCUUCGCCGCUCCUGGUCAACACCCAAGACGCUGCUGCUGCUUCUAACCCGAGGAAAACCGUGCACCAGUCCGGUUCCGCUUCCACCCUCUUCUCCUACUUCAACUCCCGCGAUUCGACCACCACUACUACUACCAUCGAAAGCCCGACGGAUGGCAAACCCGCACCUUCAUCCAUCUCCCUCAGUUCGAAGAACUCGACUAAAGACUCCAAGCGCAAGCUCCGCCCUCCCCGCAUUGAUCUCUCGCUCUUGUUUCCCAAACCGAAGCCUGAGAAGCCUGCUGGUGCGCCGAUGUUGUCCCCGCAGCGCAUGGUCCAUUCUCCGACCCCCCUCUCCGCGCUUGGGGAAUUUCCCAAAUCGAACAACUCUGAUACCAAGAUCUCGGGGAGGAGGUACACUGAGACACAAUCUCAGACAGAUUCGCCUACAACAGCAGGGCCACCACCGUUGGCAAUUCCCAGGCCCAGUAGUCACCGGUCUACCCCCGCGAACCGGUCUUCUGCUAUUUCGACCGACACUAGGAACACGGAGUUUCUUGAGCCCUCGCUCCAACGCACUGUCAGGACAAACGAAAUGGACAUGGCGCUCCAGAACUACUCCGAACAGCAGGCAGCCUCGGAACGCGCCCAGUCCGAUGCUGCAUCGAGUGUUUACUCUAGAGGCCGGGACCAAAUGCAUAGCAGCAGGGCCAAGUCCGACAGGAGCGCCCGCAGGGUGUCGUCCAAUGGCUCUACAGGCGGUUGGAGUAAAGAGACCUACUUGUCGCCCAAGUCGCAGCCACGCCCGGCACGUCGGCGCCAGUCACCCCCGCGCGACCAAUGGCCAGCGCCGCCGUCGCUAAGAGAGACUGAUACCUCAUCCAUGUCCAAGAAGAGCAGCAAGAGCACAUUGGCAAACUCGGAUCUCAACAUUUCCAGUGUCCUCUGUUUGUCUUCAUCAGAAGAUGAGGACGAUCAUGACGAGGAACUACCCAACAAUCGAACGGGCGUCGGCCAUCUGAUGAGGGAUAGUGUCACCACCUAUGGUGAAUUCGAGCCCGAGAUCUGCACCGCUUCGGCAGCCCAGGCGACCAAAGGACCGGCCGUCCGGCGACUUGAUCUCCGACAGGCCGCGGCUGUCAAACAUCGGGGUCCCACCAUGCUCAUGAGUCCUUCCAUUCACCGGAAUGACUCAACGUCUACGGCCCGAUCCUCAUACAUCGGCCGGCGAGCCCCGGGUGGGAUUCCCACCAUCUCAGAACCGGACAUCAGUGACCACUUCCCUGCGCCUGGCGGUAACGGGCGUGCCUCGGCGGCACCCCGGGAGAAUAAGCAGGGCAAUCGUCGCAGCCGAGUCAUCGCGGUUACGAGACAGGAGCAGAGUCUCCUCGAAGCCAUGCGGCAACGGAGGGGCAAAGUGACUCCCAGUCUCUUGAACGAAGCACGAUUUAGCCAGAACACGAUCACUACCCAUCGCUCUAAUCCCAAUCUUACCCACCAUAAUCAUAAUGAUAAUAACUCACACGUUAAUGAUGCCGACAAAGAGUCCAUGCUGUCCGCUGCGCCCUCGCGCGACUCGCUGUACAGCACUGACAUGUCCUUUCUACGCCUGAGCGCGAGCAUUCCGUCAUAUACGACGGCGACCACGGCCACGAAUGAUACUCACAACAAUUACUCCCGGUCAGAUCAAGGUGCAGCACACCUGGACAAAGACAGUCACCCUUUCCAGGGCGCGGCUUCUGAUGCUGAACAGAAAACCCUCAAUUCACCCCGCGCUAGCCUUGUCUACUCCGAAAGCCUCCCCUCUCCCGCGACCAGCGGAGCGUCGCCCCUGACGCCAACGCUACCGAUCCAUCGCUUCUCGCCGCAGCCCAGCCAACACCAACACUCUCCUCCGACCCGACGACAUCUCCCAACCUCAGCGCCCAACGACCAGCAUCGGCACUCGCGCCGUCGGACCGAUAGCAGCGAAGCGAUCGUGCUGGGCGAGGCGACUGAAGAGUCAGCCAAGGAGAACGAUGAGUAUCCGAUCUGGGCAUUGGGCUGGAACCAUGACCUAGCGGCUGUUCACUAA